AUGGGAUGUUCAGGGAGCAAGGCCGCUGCGGCCGCCCGCCCCCAGUCGCCUGCAUCAAAACCGAGCAUUGAAAAACCAAAAAAUGAAGGAGGAGAGGAAGAAGCUCAAAAUUCCGUACAUGAUGAGUCUGUUGCUGUCCCAGAUGCCAACGGGAGUUCUGCUUUGGCCCAGCCUGCCGCUGCUCAGCCAGAGCGCGAAGUUGACCUGCUUGAGGACGUGGAUCCCCUUGAGGGGAUAGACUUGAGUAUCCCAGAGGACUGCGAGGAGGUGGCAAUGAAGAAUGGAGUGACUUACAGGGGAGAGUGGAGGAACGGGAAGCAGCACGGGAGAGGCGAGCAGCGGCAGGCGCAAGGCGUUGUUUACACUGGCCAGUUCAACCAAGGCCAAAUUGAUGGGUUCGGGCGGCUCACGAGGUCAGAUGGCAGUAAAUACGAGGGAGAAUUCGUCAAGGGAAAGGCUGAAACCCGCACAAGGCCUGGAGUAUACACUUUUCCCGAUGGCUCGAAGUACGUAGGCCAUUGGAAGCAAGACAAGCGAGAUGGAGAAGGCUGCGAAACGCUUGCUGACGGCUCGAAGUACCGCGGCCAAUUUGCCGAUGGACUAAAAUCCGGAAAGGGCAUCAUGACAGCUUCCAAUGGAGACGUGUACGAGGGACAGUUUCAGCAGGGCGAGAUGAGUGGCUUUGGGAAGUAUUCGUGGCCAGAUGGUCGGGCCUACGAGGGAGAAUGGCGCGCAAGCCGAAUGCAUGGGAAAGGAACAUUUUAUUUUACUGAUGGGCGCAGAUAUGAGGGCGACUUCGUUGACAGUAAAAUGCAGGGAGAAGGAUGCCUGACGUGGCCUGACGGCUCUUGUUUUAAAGGCCAAUUUAAAAAUGGAUUGCCCCACGGAGAGGGACGGCAUACACCGAAAGGAGGAGCGCCUUCUCCAUUAGCUCUAUGGAACCUUGGGGUACGGGUGAAGUGGUUGGAGGAGCCUAAUGCGCCCCCUUCCGCUGACGCUCAGGCUGCUGAGGGCAAGACAGGUCAGGGCUCCCCUGAAGCCCCGUCAAAGCAGAAUUCGGGACUAAGCAGCACACAGCGUGAAGGAGCAGCAGCAGCAACCGCAACGGAAACCGCAGAAACGGCACCGAAGGCAGCAGCAGCACCAAAAGCAGAAACUGCGGCACCCAACUAG